AUGGCGAGUGCCGCCGUCCUCGUUCCCCAGCCACGUCGCUCGCCAUCGCCAUCGAUGCCGAGCAGGACAGACAGCCAUCGACAGAGUCUCCUGUCAACGAGCUCCAUACUUUCCUCACCGACUGCCUCCUACCGAACUGCUCCUCUUUCAGCUGCUUCAGAUGCCUCAUUCGCGCUCUCUACCACAUCGUCUCACUCGUCGUCGGGGCAGACAGUCAGCCCGAUGGUUCGAGAACCCGAAAACCUUAAUCCAAUAUACGCGCUGUCGAGCACGCAGGAGUUGCACAUCGUAAAGGUCACCAACGACACCGUUCAAAUCGAGCCCGGACCCGUACCAGAUUCGUACGUGGAAGGAUUAGGGAAGACUGUCAUGAAUGCGAUCCAGCCCAACGGCAAUAGCCAUGCUGGUCCGCCUCCACCGUCUCCGCCUGCCAGCAUAGAACAGGAGGUCGAGGAAAACGUGCCUCAGCCGCCCUCGUCGUUCAAGCACCCGGAGCUCGCAGUAGCCCACCCCAAGUCGGCCAGCAUGCCAGAAGCCCGUCAUGACCGACAAUCGUCGACAUCAUCCUCAAAGUUCAGCACCCUCCGUGUAACACAUUCGCCAGAGACGGUACGGAGGUCGUCAACAGACACGAAAGCAUCACGACCACCGCUGGUGCAGGCGACGCAGUCUGUACCCGAGGCUUCAUCGAAGGCGGCUUCCCACCUUUCCGUCGACGGCUAUCUGCAACCACCACCGCCCUCGACUCCGCAGCGUCCGGCUCGGCGGAACACCACGGGGUCGACAGCUUUACCUCGGCGCUUCAUUACUGGGCAUGGGAAAGGUGCUUCACAGCAGUUCACUGUGGAUGAUGCCGUGUUGGGCGAAGGCAGCGUAGAGCUUGCCUCGGAUAUCGAGAUUCAUGCAGAGCGGAUCAGGCGAGAAAGGAUGUCGAAACGGGCAAAGCAACAGCAGGAGGCCGAGGCGGCGUUGACGAGGGCGGAUACGCUACCGCAAGACACAGACAGGCCACUUGUGGGCAAUCUUAUUGGGGAGGACCAUGUGAACUACGUGCUGAUGUACAAUAUGCUAACAGGCAUAAGGAUUGGCUUUUCGCGAUGUCAGGCAAAAGUCAAACGACAGCUGAAGGACGAGGAUUUCAACGCGAAACACAAGUUCUCGUUUGAUAUCGUUGGAAACGAGCUGACUCCUUCCGCAAAAUACGACUUCAAAUUCAAAGACUACGCACCAUGGGUGUUCCGCUACCUCCGUGAAGACAUCUUCCACCUCGAUCCGGCGGACUAUCUCCUCUCACUCACAGCAAAAUACAUUCUCUCCGAACUCGGCUCGCCAGGAAAAUCGGGUUCCUUCUUCUACUUCUCGAGAGACUAUAGAUUCAUCAUCAAAACGAUCCGACACUCAGAACACAAGUUCCUGCUGAGUAUCCUACCGCAGUACUACGCGUAUGUGAAGGACAACCCCCACACCUUACUCAGCCGGUUCUACGGUCUCCAUCGCGUUAAGCUCCCAAGAGGUCGGAAAAUCCACUUCGUGAUCAUGAACAACCUUUUCCCGGCCCACAAAGAUAUCCACGAGACCUUUGACUUGAAGGGCAGUACGGUCGGUCGCGAGUAUCCUGAAGAAAAGGCGGCGAAGAACCCCCGUGCCGUGUUGAAGGACAUCAACUGGAUCAACCGUGGUAACACCCUCGAACUAGGUCCAGAGAAGAGGGCGUUGUUGACGGAACAGCUGCGGAGAGACUCCGAGUUUCUGAAGAGUGUGCAUGUGAUGGACUACAGCCUGUUGAUUGGGAUACACAACAUGCAGCGAGGCAACAGGGAGAACCUGCGGAAGAACACACUCAAAGUCUUUUCGCCCGACCUUCCAGAAACGCGGCGCAGUAAAGCCUCGCAGGCAGGCAGCAAGUCCCCAGAGGCGAUUGCAAUGCGACGUGCGAUGCGCUCAUCAGAUCCCAAACGGUUGGGCAAGCACACCGUUCGACUGCCAGAGCAAGACACGGGCGAUCGCCAAGAGUUCAUAUUCUACCAGGACGAGGGAGGCUUGUUCGCAACAGACGACAACAAUGAGCCGAUGAACAUGAUAUACUAUCUUGGGGUCAUCGAUAUUCUCACUCCUUACAACGCUGCGAAAAAGAUAGAGCAUUUGUGGAAGGGUAUGAAGGCGGAUAGACACAAAAUUAGCCCUGUACCUCCGGCCGAGUAUGGAGACCGUUUCUUCUCGUUCAUGAAGGCCAUCAUGCGUGGAGGAGAGGGUGGAGAGCGAUUCAAAGAAGAGAAAUAG